UCUUCUCUCUAAACCCACUCUGCAAGGAACCCAUCUCUCUCUACUCUCUCUCUCUCUCUCUCUAUUUCGCUUUUAUCUCUUUCUCUCAAAAACGUUUCGAAGCUGACUUAGAAAAGUCCGGUCUUUUACUGCAUUUGAACAAUGGCGAUUGAAGACCACGAGAACCCACAUCGAGUAAUCAAACCUAAGAACAGAAGAAUCAUGGGAGGUGAUGGACUGGAGGAAGAAGAGAAUCAUCGAUGGCCUGCGUGGCUAAAGCCUCUACUCAAAGAACACUUCUUUGUUCAAUGCGACGUUCACUCACCUAAAAGCGAAUGCAAGAUGUACUGUUUGGACUGCACAAACGGCUCGCUUUGCUCCCUCUGUCUUGCGCAUCACAACAAUCAUCGUACCAUUCAGAUAAGGAGAUCAUCUUAUCAUGAUGUGAUAAGGGUGAAUGAGAUUCAGAAGUAUUUGGAUAUCUUUGGCAUUCAGACGUAUGUGAUCAACAGCGCAAAGGUUGUGUUUUUGAAUGAAAGGCCUCAGCCUAGACCCGGUAAAGGAGUUACUAAUACCUGCAAGGUCUGUUAUCGUGGCCUUGUCGAUGAUUGCUUCAGCUUCUGCUCUCUUGGCUGCAAGGUAGCAGGAACUACUAGGAGCUUUGAGAAGAGAGUGAAGUAUACACCAACGGAACCAGAGAAUUCAAGCAGCAGCAGUUCAGGAGUAGAGGAUAACAUUCCAGAUCCACAGAGCUUAGCCCCUUCAACACCUCACCUUCCUACUUCCACUUCUUUGCGGAAAAGAAAAAGAAAGGGAAUCCCUUUCCAAUCUCCACUACAAUGAGAUCAGAUCGCAAAGUAUACAGACAUCUUCAAAAGAAGGGAUCAAAAGACACAAAAUAAAAAAAAAAGGUUUUAACUUUCUCUUACACCAAAGAGAAGGGUCAAGGGCCUUGCGUAUAUGCUAUAAAGUAGUCAAACAACUAGUAAGUGUACAUAUAUGAUAUAACAAUACUGAGGGCUUUUUAAGUAGUUGGUUUUUGACAAAGUCCUUGUGUGUAUAUUUGGUUUUGAUGGAUUUUAUAACAAUAACAUAUAAUUUAUAUUAUCUUUUAGAAA